GUCUCUUGUGUCGCUGCAGAAGGACCUUGCAGCUCUGCAGAGCCACUCGGGCUGCUGCAGUUCCCGGUGCUGGCGCUGGAGAAACAUGACCUUCUGCAGCUUGUCUCCUAAACCACCCCGAGCUGAUCUGCGCUAGGGCCCGCUCCUGCUGCGGACACAGCAGGGCAGGGUGGCUGGUUACCCUCGGUUCAUGUGAGAUGCUAGAUGUCACCUGCAGAAGAAGAGAGGAGCUUACCUCUUCCAGAGAGAUGGCCCCGAGCCAGCAAAUUCGCUCUGUCAGCCUGUGCAGCGGCUGUGGCAGAACUAGUGACAUUUCCCCUGGAUCUCACGAAAACCCGGCUGCAGAUCCAAGGUGAAGCUGCCGCGCGCCGUGGCGGAGCGGCGGCCGGGCCGGCGGUCGCGUACCGCGGGAUGCUGCGCACGGCGGCUGGAAUCGCGCAGGAGGAGGGGGUACGGAAGCUCUGGCAAGGAGCGACGCCGGCCGUCUACCGCCACAUAGUAUACACUGGUGUUCGGAUGGUUACUUACGAACAUCUCCGUGACUCCGUGCUUGGCAGGGCAGAGGGUGAAAGCUUUCCUCUCUGGAAAGCUGUGGUUGGAGGCAUAUCUGCGGGUGCCAUUGGACAGUUUUUUGCCAGCCCAACUGAUCUGGUGAAGGUGCAGAUGCAGAUGGAGGGAAAAAGGAAGUUGGAAGGAAAGCCGUUACGGUUUCGGGGCGUGCACCAUGCAUUUCUGAAGAUUCUGUCUGAAGGAGGAGUAAGAGGACUUUGGGCUGGAUGGGUACCAAAUGUCCAGAGAGCUGCUCUGGUGAAUAUGGGAGAUCUGACCACUUAUGACACAGUGAAACACUUCUUGCUUCUGAACACAACGCUUGUGGACAACAGUGUGACUCACAGUGUCAGCAGUGCCUGCUCUGGGCUGGUAGCAGCUGUUCUGGGAACUCCUGCUGACGUGGUCAAAACCCGGAUAAUGAACCAGCCAAGAGAUAAGCAGGGAAGAGGUCUGCUCUAUAAAUCUUCCAUGGACUGCUUGAUUCAAACUGUCCAGGGUGAAGGGUUUAUGUCUCUGUACAAAGGCUUUAUACCAACCUGGAUGCGAAUGGCACCCUGGUCACUCGUAUUCUGGCUUACAUAUGAACAAAUCAGAAGGCUAUGUGGAGUUACUUCUUUUUAAAACCUCCAAUAUUCACAGAGGAGUCAAAAAGCUGAAUUCUCAUUCCACAGGGUAGUACGAUAACAUGUAUAGCUUGUUGCUCCAAAUCCAGUCGUUACUGGUUGGGAACAGCCAUGACUUAAGGAUACUAUUUGAUUGUCAGACUGCUACAUGAAUUUUAUAUUAUUCACAGGAUAAAAUUGUCACAACGAUACUUCAGCUAGCAGCCAGCAUCAGCUUUCUGAACCAGCAAACAGGAAUAAAAAAAAUCCUACCAAGCAAAUAGAACAUAAUACUGUCUGUUUGUUAGAUAAUGGAGAUAGUUUCUAUUGCUAAAAACAAGAGCAGGUUGAUCAAUGCACUGAACAAGUUCUGUGGAUAAGCAUCUAUAAAAUUAUUUGGGAAUUUUUGUUGUUAAUUGCAUUUGCACACAGAUCAAGAACUACCUCUCGUAGUUUGAUGUGUCAGCAAACCAAGCCUGCAGUGCUAGAUAUUAAAAAAGAUAAAAGCAGUUUACCUGAUUCCAAAUCUGCUUUGCACAAAAAGUGGGAGGGUUUGUGUUUCUCUUACUUCCCAGAGACUGUCUGACCUCUCCACUCAACGCUUUGAGAAAGAUCAUGAUUGAAAUGCAGUCCUGUUCCCAGAAAAUCAAAAGUCUAGUUUGCUCUGCAAUGCUCAAAGGUCUCAGGAUACUCCAUAGGACCAAGCUGAACUACUUGCCCUGUGACAAUCUCGGUGCUGAUGUGGCGACUGGGUCAUUUUCCAUGGAAAUGUGCACUCUGCCCACUUUAAAUCUUGAUGGAAAUACAACGUUCUCUUCAAUAAUGCAAAAUGUUUGAACAGGAGUGAUUUAUUUAGUUUUAAACCUAAAGCCUUCCAGAUUUCAUAGAGGAGACUAGUGCCGUUUGUCAAUAGCUUCACCUUUGGCAAUCAAGAGUCAAAAAUGCAGUAUUAAAAGCAGCCAUGAGUAGAUAAAGCAAAGCUGUCUUUGAUUUAGUAAUAUCCAGUAAUUGAGUUAAUGUAGAAAAUGUGGCUUUUUUAAUAAACCCCCAGGAUUUCUUCUAGUCUUUGCCCCAGUGUUUCCAAUGUGCCAUUUUCUCACUGAAGGCACUUCGGGUGUUUUCUUGGCUUGCACAUGUUUUUUCUGAUUGUACUGUAGUUCAAUUGUGGCUGUAUGCACUUGGGGUGUGCUUCCAGCUUGGAAAACAUUCAUCUCACCAUCGUUAGGGAGUCACAGAACCACAGUAUGGGGCAGGUUGGAAGGGACCACAGUGGCUCAUCUGGUUCCACCUUCCUGCUCAAGCAGGGUCAUCCCAGAGCACAGGGCACAGGAUUGCUGCCAGCCAGUUCUGGAAUAUCUCCAGUGAGGGAGACUCCACAGCCUCUCUGGACAAUCCACUCCAGGUCUCAGUCACUGCACAGUAAAGUUCUUCUUCAUAUUCAGGUAGAAUCUCCUGUGCAUCAGUCCAAAGGUUUUGUUCAGAAAUCCUGGUAUUUUUCUAGCUGUCAUCCUGAGAAACAAAUCCAAGUUCUUUCUGUCUUGUACUCCAGCACCAGCAAUGACAAACCAGCAAUGAGAAACCAGCAAAGCCGCUGCUUCAGUUCCAUCCCAAGCACUCCCACCUGCCAUCCUGUUAUCUGGAUAACCCAGUGAUGGAUACACAGCUUUACCUUUUUCAUGAGACAGAAUAAGUACUUUUAUCAUACAGUCAUAGAACAGUUGGGGUUAGAAGGGACCUCUAAGAUCAAUUCCAACCCAUGGGCAGGGACACCUUCCACUAUCCCAGGCUGCUCCAAGCUACAUCCAACCUGGCCUUGGACAUUUCCAGGGAUUGGGAAUCCACAGCUUCUCUGGGCAACCUGUUCCUGUGUCUCACCACCCUCACAGUGAAGAAUUUCUUCCUAACAGCCAAUCUAAACCUGCUCUCUUUCAGUUUGAAGUCAUUUCCCCUUGUCCUGUCACUCCAGGCCCUUGUAAAAAGUCCCUCUCCUUCUUUCUUGCUGGCUCUCUUCAGAUACUGGAAGGCCACAGUUAGGUCACCUUGAAGGUUCUCUUCUCCAGGCUGAACAAUCCCAACCUUCUCAGCCUUUCUACAAAGGACAAUUGGUCAGCCUCUCUGAUCAUCAUAACCAGUAUAUUAAUUAUAAGCAGUGUGUAAAACCACUUUUAGCCUGCAUUUAUCAAAGUUGCCAUAUGGGCUGUGUCAUGGCCGAAGUCAUGCCCUCCCGUACUUUUAUGGGCACACAGCUUGGGAAAAUCACUGAAACUCUAAGUUUUGUUAGAAUAACCUUGAUACGCUUCAAUUAACAAAGCCUGAAAGAAGAAGGGUCUAUUGAUGAAACUGGAUACAAGGAGUGCACAAAUUAUGGACCACAAAGACAUUCUGCAGAAAACAGCAGACAAAAAAGAGACUAACAAAGACUCAGUUCGUGUGCUGGAAAGUCCCUACCUGGGAAAAAAGAUAAUAAAAGGACUGAAGAAUAUAGACUAAUUUGCAAAAGAAGUGAGAAAUCAAUAUCCAACAGAAGACAGAAUACUAAUUAAUGAACAAGAAUUCUGUAAUUUAGAACCAGUGAGUAUUAGUUUGCUUGCUAAAAAUACAUAUAUAAAUAAACAUAAAAGUUCUGUA